AUGAGAUUUGUUGAGGAGGCUAGUAACGCAAUGGCACUAGAUCGCAUUAUAUUAGAAGGGGUUCCUGUAAAGUUGAGGAGACCAGGUGACUAUAACCCGCCACUUGCUGCAACUCUUGGUCCGAUCCACCCUAAUCCCAAUCUCAACUUGACGGCUGUUGGAUUGUCUUCUAGUGUGCUUGAUGAUUGGAGCCGUAUUUAUGUGACUGGGCUUCCAAAUCACUUCACAGAGGCACAAAUCAGAGAGAUCUUCGAGUGUUUUGGGACACUAAGAGGUUUCAACUUGGCUAAAGACAUAACUGGAAGGUCAAAGGGAUAUGCAUUUUGUGUUUACCAAGAUCCUUCACUAACAGAUAUUGCUUGUGCUGCUCUAAAUGGGAUCAAGAUAGGCGAUAAGAUGGUUGCGGUUAUGCGUGCAAUCCAAGGUGCAGUUAAACCUAAACUUGAGCAAGAAGCAUUAUUACUUCAUCCCCAACUCCAGAUUGUUUUGCAGAGGCUUAUGCUACAACCAGGAGGCACACCCACCAAAAUUGUAUGCUUGAGUCAAGUUGUCACAGCUGAUGAUCUUGGAGAUGAUCAAGGGUACGAAGAUAUUAUGGAGGAAAUGACACAAGAAGGUGGAAAAUUUGGUAACUUAGUGAACGUUGUGAUUCCAAGGCCCAAUCCAGAUAAUGAUUCAUCACCAGGAGUUGGAAAGGUUUUCUUGGAGUAUGCGGAUGUGGAUGGAGCAUCAAAGGCUAUAUCGGGGAUGAACGGAAGAAAAUUUGGAGGGAACCAAGUAGUGCCUCUGUACUACCCUGAAAACAAGUAUCUGCAAGGCGAAUCCGAAGGUUGA